AUGGUAAUUUUCGAGAUCAGGAUUGUUUUUUUAACCACCGACUUUCUCUCUCCUGCCUCACUCUUCUUCCUCACGACACAGCCCCCCCCCUCCUAUUUCAACCCGCCACCUUCUCUCCUCCAUAACCACCGCCACACUCCACUCCGGCCGACGAGACCGGACCCAAUCGAACCACCGCCGCUUCCUCUUCCAAGUCCGACCAAGCUCAGCCGUAACCACCGCCAGCAGCCACCGGAAAACGCAGAAAAUCGUGCGGGUUUUGACAGAUUUUCUCAUCGCUCGUUCUCCCUCGAUUCUCCACCAAAUCGGACGAGUGAGCGUAGAUCGUUCGGUUCUCAACUUAAGUUUCAGCCGGUUUUGAGGGUAGGAUUCCGGCCACUUCCGGUCACUUUUUGGGGUAGGUCCAAGAACAAAAGUGGUUCCAAAUUGGGUGUUUUAUCUAAGUUAGGAGUUUGGGCCGGCGGUUUGGAGUUUUUCCGGCCACCGUAA